CAAAUUUCUUGUUGUAUUUUACAGGAAAGCAACUUAGCGCCAUUAGUUGUUAGUAGAGGUUGAGGUCCACUCAUUUUUUGCACCAUAUCGUAUCGAACUCUAAUUUUACUUUCUCCAAUCUUUUUGGGGAGCUUCAAAUGAACUCUGAGCAUUCAUCUCCAACAAAUUAAUCACAAGCUCUUAACACAUGCCACCACAGUUUGCCAUUAAUUUCAUCAACACUAUAAGCAAAGAAUUGUGAGGAUGUCAUCAAUAGGCAAAGACGUUUUCAUAAGGUCCACUGCAUAUAAGUGGUGCACAAGAGUGUUAUUAGUGAAGGAAAAAUAUGCAGAUCAAAUUUAUUUUCUAAGGGCUCACCCUCAAGCCACCGGUGGUUCGAGUGCUAAGCCAAUUGGGUUCAAGAAAGCAAACCAUGUCCGAGCCAUACUCACUCCACUUUCAGAACCCACCCCAACUACUAAAAAGUUGGGAGGGAAAGGCGCAAACCUUGCUGAGAUGGCGAGCAUCGGUUUAUCUGUGCCACCUGGCUUAACAAUCUCGACUGAAGCUUGUCAAGAAUAUCAGAAAGUGGGCAAGAAAUUGCCGCAAGGAUUGUGGGAUGAAAUCAUGGAAGCUUUGAAAAUAGUGGAGAAUGAUAUUGGAGCUUUUCUUGGUGACCCCACAAAGCCUCUCUUACUUUCUGUUCGAUCUGGUGCUGCUAUUUCUAUGCCUGGUAUGAUGGACACUGUUCUUAACCUGGGGCUAAAUGAUGAGGUUGUUGCUGGUUUAGCUUCCAAAAGUGGAGAAAGAUUUGCAUACGACUCUUAUAGGCGCUUUCUUGACAUGUUCGGAGGCGUUGUUCUCGACAUCCCACAUUCUCUGUUUGAGGAGAAACUGGAAAUGAUGAAAAUAAAAAAAGGCGUAAAGCUCGACACUGAUCUAACAGCUUCUGAUCUAAAAGAGCUCGUUGAGGAAUACAAAGAUGUCUAUCUUGAAGCUAAGGGUGAAAAAUUCCCAUCAGAUCCAACUAAGCAGCUUGAGUUAGCCGUGAAAGCAGUUUUCAACUCGUGGGACAGCCCAAGGGCGAUAAAAUAUCGAGCAAUUAACCAAAUAACUGGUCUUAAAGGGACAGCUGUAAACAUUCAGUGCAUGGUUUUUGGAAAUAUGGGAAAUACUUCUGGAACGGGCGUUCUUUUUACGAGAAACCCGAGCACGGGUGAAAAGAAGUUGUAUGGGGAGUUCUUAAUUAAUGCUCAGGGAGAAGAUGUUGUGGCUGGAAUCCGAACGCCGCAGGAUUUGGACACCAUGAAGAAUUCAAUGCCGGAAGCUUACAAAGAACUCGUUGAAAAUUGCGAGAUAUUAGAGCGUCAUUACAAAGACAUGAUGGAUAUCGAGUUCACGGUGCAAGAGAAGAGGCUGUGGAUGCUGCAGUGUAGAACAGGAAAGCGUACGGGUAAAGGGGCUGUGAAAAUAGCUGUGGAUAUGGUGAAUGAAGGGCUUAUUGACUAUCGCAAGGCCGUGAAUAUGGUGGAGCCUCAGCAUCUUGACCAGCUUCUUCAUCCACAGUUUGAGGAUCCAUCUGCUUAUAAAGAGCAAGUAAUAGCGAAAGGCUUGCCGGCAUCCCCUGGUGCAGCAGUGGGGCAAGUCGUGUUCAGUGCUGAAGAUGCUGAGGCAUGGCAUACACAAGGAAAGAGUGUAAUUCUUGUGAGAACUGAGACAAGUCCGGAGGAUGUUGGGGGCAUGCAUGCAGCUGUCGGGAUUUUAACUGCUAGAGGAGGAAUGACUUCUCAUGCGGCAGUUGUUGCUCGUGGCUGGGGAAAAUGCUGUGUUUCCGGUUGUUCGGAAAUACGCGUGAACGACUCAGAGAAGAUGGUUUUGAUUGGGGACAAAGUGGUAAAUGAAGGAGAUUGGAUUUCUCUAAAUGGCUCGACUGGUGAAGUGAUCUUGGGAAAACAAUCACUUUCUCCUCCGGCUUUGACCGGGGAUUUGGAGGUUUUCAUGUUGUGGGCUGAUGAGAUUAGGCGACUUAAGGUUAUGGCAAAUGCUGAUACACCAGAAGAUGCGCUCACUGCACGGAAUAAUGGAGCUGAAGGGAUCGGUUUGUGUAGAACAGAGCACAUGUUUUUUGCUUCGGAUGAGAGGAUUAAGGCCGUGAGAAAGAUGAUAAUGGCAGUUACACCUGAACAGCGGAAGGAAGCUCUGGACUUGUUAUUGCCUUAUCAACGAGCGGACUUUGAAGGGAUUUUCCGUGCAAUGGAUGGUCUGCCUGUAACAAUCAGACUUUUAGACCCUCCACUUCACGAAUUCCUUCCGGAAGGCGACAUAGAGCACAUUGUUGGGGAACUAACAAUCGAUACUGGCAUGAGUGAAGAUGAAAUUUACUCACGGAUUGAAAAAUUGUCUGAAGUAAACCCCAUGCUCGGAUUUCGAGGAUGCAGGCUCGGGAUAUCGUACCCCGAGCUUUCGGAAAUGCAAGUUCGCGCAAUAUUUCAGGCGGCCAUCUCUUUGAGCAACCAGGGAAUUAAAGUCCACCCAGAGAUUAUGGAAUUGAGUCAUCAGGUGAGUUUGAUUCGUGGGGUUGCAGAAAAAGUGUUCUCUGAGAUGGGCUCUUCUGUGAGCUACAAAGUGGGCACAAUGAUCGAGAUCCCUAGAGCCGCUCUUGUUGCAGACGAGAUUGCCAAAGAAGCCGAAUUCUUCUCGUUUGGAACAAACGACCUCACGCAAAUGACAUUUGGAUACAGCAGAGAUGACGUGGGCAAAUUUCUGCCGAUUUACUUAUCUAAGGGCAUUCUUCAGCACGAUCCAUUUGAGGUUCUUGACCAGAAAGGCGUGGGUCAGCUGAUUAAGAUGGCAACCGAAAGAGGCCGUGCAGCUCGACCAAGCCUAAAGGUUGGAAUAUGUGGGGAGCACGGUGGGGAGCCUUCUUCUGUUGCCUUCUUUGCUGAAGCCGGACUUGACUAUGUCUCGUGUUCUCCAUUCAGGGUGCCCAUUGCAAGGCUAGCUGCAGCUCAAGUUGCAGCAUGAGGACCAAAAAGUAAUUUAAAAAAAGGAGAAAAUUAAAUAAUAAGGAGGCCAAUUCUAUGUUUCUUUCUAAAUGAGCAGUUGUAUGUAAAUAUAUUGAUUAACUUGUCCUCCAUAUUUGAUAUGUCAAAGACGCAUGCAUGUAAUUAAAUUUGUUCAGACAAAUAUCAGAAUUAUUUUUGCUGCUGAGUCGGCAAUUUCCAGCGACUUUGUGAAAUUAAGGGGAUGACAGCAGAAUAUGUGCUGGAUUUACCUCUUAAAUAUCAUACAGAAUUUGAUUCAUGGAUAUUGAAAAAAACCUAGCAUCACAAAAAAGUAUAUAUUAUUUGAGCCUUGUAUUUUUCCACCAAAAAAAGCCUUAAAAGUAGCCCAUUAAAUCAUUACUGAAGACAUUAUGAAUACUGAUGAACCAAAUAAUUUUUAUAUAAGUUCGGUGAAAUUUUUAUUUCAGCUAGCU